UUCAAUAAUCUCUAUCGAUCUUCUAUCAAUAAUCUCUGAUAUUUCCACUUUAUCUCUUUACGAAACGAAUAUUAUAAUAAUUCAUAUUAUAUAAAGAUAAUUUCUUUGAAGACUCGUUAUGAUAUAAUGUGUUAUUUGUGAUGUGAAAGAAGAUUCGAAAAAUGGAUCGCGUGGUUCUUGAUUCUUAAAAGUGAGAGGGAUCAAAGAGGAUAUGACGAAGACGUGAUAAAUGAAAAAAAUCAAAGAAGAAAAAUAAAUGGUGGAGGGGUUCAGAUCGAUAUAAUCAUCAUUGGAAGUGACUAAGAUCGUGAAUGAAUAUCGUAACCACGUGGUUAAUUUCAAUUUUAGCAACUAUUUUAGCAACAAGAAAAGAAAAAUUUUUCAAUUUGCAGUAAAAAGAAAAAGAAGAAAUAGAAGAAAAAGAAAAGGACGUUUCACGAUCGUUAUAGGAUAAAAAUACACGAGAGUUUGUAUGGGCGUAUUUAUAGGAGGGAUAGCUGUGAUGAAAAAUUAAGUAGUUUCAAUUAACAAUGAAGAUUAGAAAUUACGUCGAGAUAUCGUAAAGAUAUCUUUCUCUUUCAGGGAAGAAAGUAAAAAUAAAAAAAGGUAAAGAGGGAGAAAAGUGGCCGUAAUAGAAAAGUUAAAAUUGCAAAUCCUAGGAGUUUCAUCGUCCUAGGUAAAAUUACAGAAGAGGGAAACCUUAAUAAAGAAUCCAAUAAGUUCAAUUACUACUUGGAUUAUAAAUUACGAGAAAAGAGGAGAACGGUGUUCCGAGGUCAGCUCUUUUCUCUUUUCUUUUCUUUUCUUUUUUUUUUUUUUGUUUUUUCUUUUUCUUCUCUUUGAAAGACAAUCGGUCCACGCGAAAGCGUCGUAGAUUUUUCUCCGGACAAAUGUCAAGUGAACGAUGAACCACUCGAGGGUGCAGGUGCGCAAGUGGGCCGCCACUUUGGUAGGUGAAUCGUGCUCCAGGUGCGGAAAGUGUCUGACUAAAAUGCAGCUGAUACUACUGGCGGUGCUACUCUACUCCUCACCGACGACAGGACAGGAUCCAAAAAUAGUGAGAUUGGACGUGCCAACGAUUGCGGAUCCAAGAUGGGAAGAAGUCACCUUACAAUGCGAAUACGAUCUAGGUGGUAAAGAUCUUUAUUCGGUGAAAUGGUUCAAGGAUGAAGUCGAAUUCUUCAGAUUUAUGCCAAGCUCUACUCCAGCUAGCGAAUAUUUUCCCGUCGAAGGCAUAGUCGUGGAUAUUGCUCAAAGUAAUGGACGACAAGUUAAGUUACUGGGACAAUCGAACAAUCGCGGAGAAAGAAUAAAUCUUACCGGAUCUUAUGGAUGCGAGGUGUCUUCGGAGGCUCCGAGUUUUCGUAUGACAUAUGCCGAGGCAAAUAUGAGCGUCGCAGUGCUACCGACAAAACCGCCUGUUCUUGACGGAUUUCGACCUUAUUACGAGAUCGGUGAGAUUCUUGAAGUAGCGUGCACAUCUGGAUUGAGUUACCCAUUAGCAGUGCUAACCUUUAUUCUCAAUGGCAAGGAGGUAGACAGAACGAAAACGACGUAUUUACCAAUUACUGGAUACAACAAAGAGAUCCUGAUAUCAGUCUCACGAUUGAGUUUCUCUUUGCAUUUGGAACGGCAACACUUUCCUGGAGGAACUCUUCACUUGGUCUGUCAAUCUUCCUUACCAGAUAUACCGAACGUACGAGCCUUCAAGACAGAAAAAACUGCUACGUUAGCGGCGAGUAAUCAAAGACUCGCUCAAGAAGCUCCGAAGUCGGCUUCGAGUACAAUUCUCGUCCCUUCGUUCACAAUGCUAUUGUGCUUCCUCCGAAUUAGUUGGAAUUAGCUUGAUUGGUCGAUCGAUCGAUUGUACUUGGUACUUUGAGUUUUAAGAUUGAAAGAUCUAUCGAAACAUUCCCUAAUCGAUCAUUUUUGAUCGAUCCUUGUCUCUACCGUGAUAACUUCUCUCGUUUGUGUCUAAUAUCGUGCUAAUCAAAAUCGAAAUCACGAUGCUUCUUGUUCUUAGUAAUCGUCGCGAAUAUAAUAAUAUUCUCUAUUAAAAAUUAGUGAACCAAAUGAAAAUGUGUUUUAUUUUUAAGGUCGUACGUUUUAUUGAUUCUUUAUACAAAAAUAUGCUAUCGGGGAAAUAAUAAUAAUAAUAAUAAUAAUAAUAAUAAUAAUAAUAA